UAUUUUUUCGAAGAGAAAGAAUUUAAGGCAGAUGUAUUUUGUACUAUUCGGUUAUCAACAGCGAUUACCACAUUAGGCUUGUCAUUGAAAUGGACUACGGCUGCCGAACCAGUAUUCGCUGUUUCUUUGCUUGAUGGAACAUUAUCCGUCAUAUCUAUUGAUCGACAGGUUUUAAAUAAAUUCACUAUCAUUGCAACUGUUCAAUUAAAUUGUAAUGCUAUUUGCAUUAGUUGGAGUCCUAAGGGGCAACAACUGGUUAUCGGUGAUACAGGUGGAAAUAUUAAGCAGUAUAAACCCGAUUUGGUAAUUGUAAGAACCAUACCUUUACCUAAUGAUCAGUAUUCUGUCAAAAAUUUAUCGCAAUGUGUUGGCAUUUGCUGGUUAACAACAACAGAUUUUUUGGUUGCGUAUUCAACAAAACGCUAUAUGGAAGUUUUCGUUUCAUUAAUUUGCGCUAAAAAAGGGGUACCAAUAAAAUAUACGCAUUUUGAUGAUAUCAUAUUUUGUGGAAAUGAGAGUCCUUUUCAACAACAAAUUACCUUUCUUUAUCUCAUUCAGUGGAAGAUGGUUUUGGUUGCUUCCUCGAGAUCAUCCGAGAUUGCAGUGAUUGGUAAACGCAAUGACAAAUGGAAGGUCUGGGUAAUGGAUGAUAAUGAAAGAAUAGAACUACCUGUUAAUAAAGAAUAUAAAGAGUCUUUCCCACUUGGAUUAGCUAUUGACUAUUCAUCAAUAAUAUCCUUACUCUCUUUUUCUAAUGAGUUUUCUAAUGAGUUUUUCAGGCCUUCAGAAAUUUUGCCAUCUUUAAUAUAUAUGUCUUCAACGAAAGAAUCAACUCAAGAAAAUUCAACUUAUAAUAAAACCUCUGCAAGUUCAUUUUCAUUCACAUUUCCUGAAUCUGUUGUGAAUUCGACUCCUUCACAGCAAAAAUCACCAGCAAAUGUUAAAGUUGCUGUUAUAUCAACAACGCUUAAAUCACCAUUAAAUAUCCAAGAAGCUUCGACAACAAGUGAAGUGCCUUUUAGUUUUUCAUUUCCAGCUGCUCCAGAAACGAAUGUCAUUCAGGUAUUUCACUUGUUUCAUUUUCAUUUACUCAAAAGUUCUGUCCGAGGAAUUCAUCGAAUUUCUUUCAGACGGAUAUGCCAAUGA